UAAUUCUUUAAUUUUUGCUUGCAUCAAUUCCUCAGAAAUUUAUAUUAUAAACUUUGUAUUAUGCGUGUUUUCUUAAUCUCGAGCUUAGUUUUUUAAUCUUAGAUUCCCCCCUUGCUGACCUUAUCUUUUUGUUCUCACUCAAAAUCUCAAACCUGCGAUGUUGGUCAUACAAGAAACCCUGUAAUCCACCCAUUAGAGCUGGAAUCAAGCGUACACCACGGUGCUCGUUUAAUGUUGACGCAGUCUCUGUUCAGAAGCCGACCCUGGUUCAAUUAUCCCCGAGAAACUCUCAUUUUCCGUUUCAUUGUUCGAAAUUUAAGGGCGAAGAGUUCCAGAAAUUCAGACAUGGCGCCACCGGUUCUUUCUCUUUCAAGGGCGAAGAAUUCCAGAAAUUCAGACAUGGCGCCGCCGGUUCUUUCUCUUGCUCUUCCGUCGGAGACUGGUCGAGUUCUCAGCAUUCAGUCACACACUGUGCAGGGUUAUGUCGGAAAUAAGUCAGCUGUCUUUCCGCUACAACUUUUGGGCUAUGAUGUGGAUCCAAUUAACUCUGUGCAGUUUUCGAAUCACACAGGGUAUCCAACCUUUAAGGGUCAAGUUUUGAAUGGAGAGCAACUCUGGGAUAUUAUACAAGGCCUUGAAGCAAAUGAAUUAUUGUUCUACACUCACUUAUUGACCGGUUAUAUUGGUUCAGCUUCUUUCCUGAACACUAUAUUGGAAGUUGUCAGCAAGCUUCGUACAGUAAACCCUGAACUUACAUACGUAUGUGAUCCGGUGAUGGGUGAUGAAGGAAAGCUUUACAUACCUCAAGAACUGGUAUCAAUUUAUCGUGAGAAGGUAAGAAUGAUCCGCAAAAUUUUGCUGGAG